UUUUUUAAUUGUUACCAUUGGAAAGGUAAAAUACGAAAAUUGAUCCAUCAUGUCUCACCCUGUUACUCCAGAUUCCGUCGCAAAACGUAAAGCAAUGUACAAGGUUGGCUCUCCUGCAUCCGGAGGCGCGUGGAAGGAGACAUAUAAGCGAAGAUGUGCGGAAAGAUUUCAUAAGAGCAGGUCCAAACUACUUGACAAAUACCGAAAUAUUGUAAUUGACGAAACCACUGAAGAAGACUCCUUAGAAACUGUUAUGAACCAGGAGCUUCAAAAGAUGCAGGAAGAGUGUUUGACUCCUUUCACCGGACCUAUAACAUUUGAAGAUGUCGUUAAAACAAUGGAAGAAAUUAAGCAGGAGCUUCUUGAAUGGGAGGCUGAACUCAUCUUUCAAUCUGAGAAUCAACAAAUGAAAAUUGAAGUUGAAAACCAUGAAGCUAUCAUAGAAAACGGGGAGAACCAAGUCAUUUGCCCUAUAUGUUGUGUAAAUCACCUUGAAGUGCAAAUAAACCAUUUAAAAUGCAGAUGUGGUGUAAACAUCAACUUGCGACAAGAUGCCAUUACUCUUUCUCAUGUUAAACAGAGCUUGGAGGAAGGCGUAACCUCUCACUUUAACAACUGUCACUGCAAGCCUUCAUUCAAAGUCAAAACAAAGUUCCUCCAAACAAAUCUGAUUUUGACUUGUCUUGCAUGUGAUUUCAUGUACAUUGUGGUUUAGGCUUAAUACUGUGCAUACUCUUCAACAGAACUGUAACCAUAUAUAUAUAUAUAUAUAUAUGGGAAUUUUUCAGCAAGUAUAAAAUCGAGGACCCAGACAGUCAAAAUGUUAUUUGCGACGUUAGUUCUUUUAAUAUACCUCUUCAAAGCAUGCUGUUAUCAUGCUAACCUAUAAAAUCUAAGUAACUGGUCAUUUUAAAAUAGUUGCUUAGUACUAUAACAAACCGAAUGUGCUUUAGUAACAUUAUCCAUUGAAUCUGAAUUGUUUUUGCUAUCUUGCCAUAAAAUGCUGUUCUGAUUUUCCUAUUAUUAUGUGUGUUUCAAUUUUUUUUUGUUGAGCACAAAAUCAUUUUUUAUACAACUAUCAGUUUAAAUGCAGUAAUAAUAGUUGGAACUUCUAUUUCGGGUAUAGCAGGUACUGCACCUAUCGAAAAAGGCCAAUAUGUUAUUGGGUAUGCCCACAUUUUAUAGCCAAACGCCCUAACCAAUCGUUUUUCAACAGAA